GAAUUGCCUCGUGCAUACUUGACCAAGGCCUUGUCCAGUUUCUACUUGAAUCCUAUUUGCAAAUCGGCUUUCUCGAAAGGCACCCGACGUCCCUCGCACGACGACUUUCCCGAGCUCCCAGAUUCUCGGACGGCACGAUGCGUCUCUUAAAUGCAGAAUCCAUGACACUUGAAGAGUUCUUCGAUGAACAAUUGCCCGAGUAUGCGAUCCUGUCACAUACUUGGGACAAGGGCGAGGUCACCUUUCAGGCCUUCCAACAGAAGGAGGGUCUCAGUAGCCAUGCAGGCUAUCACAAAAUUACGGAGUCAUGUCGACUAGCCCAAGCCCGCGGCUAUAAGUAUGUGUGGAUUGACACAUGCUGCAUCGACAAGUCCAGCAGCGCGGAGCUCAGCGAGGCAAUUAACUCGAUGUUCCGAUGGUACGAGAAUGCGUGCGUCUGCUUUGUGUACCUAGCAGACGUGCCAUCGUGGGAGAAGGACAACAUCCAUGCUGCAAACUCCGCGUUCCGACGGAGCAGGUGGCACUUUCGUGGUUGGACGCUCCAAGAACUACUCGCCCCCAAGAUGCAUGUCUUCUUUGGCUCAGACUGGGGGAUUCUGUUCAACUUCAAGCAUCAACCCCUCCUCAACCUCCACAAACUCCACACACUGAUGGGCGAGAUCACCGGCAUCGACUUUAGCAUUCCGUGGCGGAGCGCAAGCGUCGCAAAAAGGCUGAGCUGGGCUUCUUCGCGAACAACUACAAGAAAGGAGGAUAUUGCUUACUGCCUGCUGGGACUCUUUGACGUUCAUCUGCCACUGCUUUACGGCGAAGGGGAAAAUGCUUUCAAGCGGCUUCUUGUCAAGAUUGUCGAGCAGGACAACGGCCACGACAUACUUUCUGCUGGGUAUGGAAUCGCACUCAGAAAUAUGCCUCGAAAGGAGUCAUUGCGGCAUCACCUUCUCCCACAGUCUCCGCUUCUUUACGGAGCUUGUUCGAGUGUCUCAGGAAGAUCGAGACCGGGCCAACACCGCACCGCGCAUUUUGCCUUCACGAAUGCUGGCCUGCUCAUCGAAUUACCGCUCGUCAAAAUACUGGGAACAAACAUCGAAUUGGCCAUCCUUGACUGCACAACGGAUGGUGGAUCUCGCCUAAUCGCCUUGCCGCUGCGCCUGCACAAAAUGCCGAACGAAUUCGAACUGGUCCCCAGCCUCGGUCCAGUCGACAUGCCCACGUGGAUCACCGAUGCAUCCAAAGUGCACAAGAUCUACAUUCGGACGAGAGAAAAGACUUUCCCACCCCACACAUCCAAGCUUUCCCGGACCUGGCUCGAUCUUCGCCAGCUCGCAGAGCAUGGUUGGACGGUGACUUCUGUUUACCCACCGUGGGAAUUCAUUCAACAGACGGCGGACGACGUGUUUGAUAUCAGAUCGCGGAAGUCAGACAGCAUAAUUAUACUCUCCGCGGGGACGGCAAUGCCCAAGCUCGCACUACUCGUUGGGAAAAGCCUAAGGGGUCAUAAGAGAGGCGUACCAGAGAGCUGCAUGUUCACGCUCACGCGGUCGUGUAGCGCACUCCAGUUCCUCCUGGAUUCCACUUGGAAUGAAUGUUUACAAGAAAAUAAGGCCGAACCCGGUGGUGGACUUCUAGGCUUGCGCUUGACGACGAACUCCGGAGGAGAGGUGCCACAUCGCAAGACCAUCGUAACCUGGACGAAAGAGAUCGAAAUAGCGGCACCACAAGCUGCGAGUUCUCAAGGGUCUGUUAAUUCCUUGUCAGUGAUGUACCUGGGAAGCGCUCGUGACGGGGUUGUUCGAGUGACGCCCUUUGAUGAGAAUGGCACUCAAGUGUCAUUUUGCGAGUUCUCAAAAGCACGAAAACCUGGGACAAUAGCAGGUGACGAAGUUCCCCGGCGUUUUGGGAAACAACAGAUCAGGGCAGGAAGGAGAGGGAUGAAAUCGCGGCGGCGGCAGGCCGGUAAUUCGAACAGGAACCCGAGCCAAGGCACAUCCGAGCCGGACGAGGACUCGAGGCGAUUUGUAUGCAGUAUGGACGAUCUUUGUGGAUGCGGGAGGACACAAGAGUCGAACGAUGAGGCGUUCGCAAAUAGCCAGGAGAACCUUCUGAUAUACCCCGGAUGCAGGCUUGCAGGAAUCACUACGCAACAUCUGUAAUAUACUGAAUUCAUGGCGGGACGACUUGCCUUAGUGGGAACGUUCUUCCCUAGGGCAUGCCGUCAAACGGAAAAGUGACUUGUUAGUGGAAGUCGUCAGUAAACAUCCUAUCCGAGAAGCUCAAAACAACAUUUUGGGCCAAAAAAUGUGCAAAAAGAGCAUUGAUUAUCCAAAUAAAACCCAA